AUGAGUGGGUACCGGAAAAAACUAAGUGGUGCAGAAUAUCGUAAAAGGAAAACAGAAGAAUCUUUAAAACAAGAGUGUUUACUGAAUAAAAUUCCAAAAAUUUCUAAUUUUAUGAGAACUGUGACAAGUUCAAAAAAAAUUGUGAGUGAUGAUCAGCAAGCAUUAGGUUCAUCUGUUCCGGAACUGAACGAUACUUCAGCACAAAAUACAGAAGCACAACCAAAACCUUCUUUAUUGGAAGAUACAAACUCAAGCAAAACAACGAAUUUUUUUUUAUCAAAAGAUGCGAUAGAAAAUUUAUUAGCAACCGAAACUUUCUGGAAAUUUCGUUUCAAUUGUUUCUGGAAUUUAAACGAUGAAACACGAGAUUAUAUAACUAGAAACGGUAUACCAACAAAUAAUGUAACAGAUUUUAAAAAUUCGAGAAAUGUUUAUAACGAUAAAACGAGAUUUUGUUCUGAAAGUUUGUUCAAACGGACUUUGAAAAAUGAAGAAAUACAACGUCGAGAAAGCGGUGAAGUAAACGCUUUUACUGGUGACGGGUUUCGAGAUUGGAAGAACUCAAAAGCGCGCAUUGAAGCUCAUGAAAACUCUGAUUUUCAUAAAACCAACAUUAGCCACUUUAAAGCUCGAGCUGUCAUUCAAGGUCGUGUUGAUCAACAUCUAAUGAAACAGCUCGAUAACGAAAUUUUAUACUGGAAAAAAGUUUUAUAUCGAGUAAUUGCGAUCGUUAAAUCUCUCGCCAUAAGAGGGCUGCCAUUCAGAGGACAUUCGGAACGAAUUGGAGAUCAACAUAAUGGAAAUUUUUUGGGUUCUGUCGAGCUUCUUGCUGAAUUUGACCCAUUUUUACAAGAACAUUUAAAAUUAUACGCGCAUCCCGGUCGUGGAAAUACCUCUUAUUUGUCAAAAACAAUUUACGAAGAAAUAAUAUCAUUAGUUCAAAGUAAAGUAUUGAAACAUAUUACGAAGGAAGUGCAAUCUGCUAAGUAUUUUGGUGUAAUUGUGGAUUCUACGCCUGAUAUUGCUCAUGUAGAUCAACUGACAAUAAUUAUUAGGUACGUACGUAAUAAUGGCGAAAUUGUCGAAAGAUUUUUAGAAUUCAUUCCAAAUACUGGUCAUAAGGCUCAAGAUAUUGAAGAUGCUCUAUUAAAAUCUCUUGAGAGAAAUGGUUUGGAUAUUAUGAACUGUCGUGGUCAAUCAUACGAUAAUGCAAGCAAUAUGUCAGGUGUAUACUCCGGAGUGCAGUCAAGAAUCAAAGCAACUAACCCCUUAGCAGAAUACGUUCCUUGCGCAGCUCAUUCCUUAAAUUUAGUGGGUACUUGUGCAGCGGAAUCUGUAACCGAAGCUGUCGACUUUUUUUCUACUCUGCAAGAAUUAUACAAUUUUUUUACCAUUUCAACCAAUCGUUGGGACAUCUUAGUACAGCAUACAAGUUUAAGACUCAAAAGCCUUUCUCAAACUCGUUGGUCUGCUCGACAUGAUGCUUGUUACGCAUUAGAAAAAGAGUGGUCUGGCACAAUUAUUGCAUUGAAAUUUAUUGCUGAAAACAAUAAUGAAAAACCUACAACACGGUGUCAGGCUAGGGGAUUGCUGCAAAAAUUACAGCAUUUGGAAACAGCAAUACUAGUCGUUGUUUGGAAUGCAAUUUUGGAACGCUUCAAUGCUGCUAGUAAAAAAUUUCAAGACUCAAAAUCUAAUUUAUCAUCUGUUUCACAAAUGUAUAGUUCUUUGGCAUUAUUUUUAGAGGACAUGAGAGCUAAACAAUUUUCCGAAUACGAGGAAAAAGCCAAAGCACUUUCUGGGGUAAAAAACUAUCAUCAUGACAACCAUCGUAAAAGAACCCGAAAAUUUCAGGCAGAUGAGUCACAAGAGCAUGAAAGAGUAUUUUUAUGUGGAGAAGAACAUUUUCGAAUAAAUAUUUAUUAUCGAAUUUUAGACACUUUAAGUGUUCAAUUGGCAGGCCGUAAAAGUGCUUAUCAUACGCUCUAUGAAAAAUUUAAUAUUUUUGACAAUUUGUCUGAAAUAGAAACUAGAGAAUUAAAAAUUCGGGCAAAUGAGUUAGUCACCAAGUAUCCUGAAGAUUUGGAAGACACAUUAGGAAAUGAAUGCAUUCAUUUACAACAACUACUUAUAGAAUCUUUUUCAAGUAAGGAAGAUGUUCGAACCGCACAAGGAAUAUAUAAUUUUUUGCAUUCUAAUAAUCUUCGUGAAGUUUAUCCAAAUAUAGACAUUGCUUUACGGAUCUUUUUGAGUAUUCCUGUUACAAAUUGUUCAGGAGAAAGGUCUUUUUCUACUUUGAAAAGGGUAAAAACAUAUUUACGAGCAAGUAUGGGCCAAGAUAGACUUAGUGCUUUAGCAUUACUGACUAUCGAAGCACAACUUGUUCAAGAAAUUGAUUACAAUGAUAUUGUUGAUGUUUUUGCUCAGACAAAAUCCAGAAAAAAAUAUUUACGAAUAGCUAUAAAUCAUAGUUUUAGAAAAAUGGCGGCUGAUUUCAUAGGGCCUAGGGCGGCAGAUAGCUUAAAUCCGCCACUGACAGUGGCCUAG